AUGGAUUCAGUCCUCAGUCCAGUCUCCUCUGAUGCCUCCAUCUUGGCCCUUGGUCCAAUCCCUACCAUCUACAACACUCCAUCACUCACUGCUGGCCUCGUCUGCCGUGUCAUAUUUGGCAUCAUCGCCAACCUCGUCUGCCUCGUCCCCUUGAAGCUGCUCUACCGUAACGGAGAGUUCGCCGCCGCCGUCUUCAUCCUCAACGUCGAGUUGCAGAACGUGCGUAACAUUGUCACUGCUCUCAUCUGGCGCAACGACGAUGUGAAAUCUUGGUGGCCGGGCUACGGCCUGUGCGACCUCGACGCUUUUGUGCACAACUUUUGCAUCAGCCUCUAUGCCACAUGCUUGUUGGCCAUUAUGCGGAACCUGGCCAUCCAGGUCGGAAGUCUGAGAGCCAGCCCCCCAUCUAGGAGGGAGAAACGAAAGCGAAACAUCAUCCAAGCUCUCAUCAUCUUCCCGCUACCACUUGUGCAGGUUGCCUGGACGUAUCCCCUUGCACAGCAGCGAUAUUACGUCGGCACUCUGGUUGGGUGUUUCUGGCCGAAUGCUGCCGCCUGGCCUACUAUCGUUUUUGAGAUUCUCCCACCGGCAAUUGUGUCGGUCAUGACUGCUGGCUAUGCAAUCUUCAUUUACAUACGCUUCCGUCAGAUCGCCAAGGCAACUCGGUCCGCCCUCUCCAACAACCCCCUUGCUCACGUCCGCAACCAGCGAGCCCGCCGCCGCCUCUAUCUCAUGGUCAUCUCCAUCCUGAUACCCUUCCUUCCCACUACCCUCGCCAUGGCAGCCUUCAACAUCAUCAAUUCCAGUCCCUUGGAACCUUUCGACUUCAACGCCAUCCAUAGUAACGAACGAAGCCUCCCCUGGGAUACUAUUAUCUAUCUGUCGAGCAGCCACAUAGGAUGGGUGAUCAUGAACAUCUGCUACGUACCCAUCAUAACAGCUAUACCAGUGUUCGUUUUCUUUGGCAUGACUAAAGACGCCAUGAAUUGCUAUCGAGUGAUACUCUUAUAUGUGGGACUUGGGAAAGUGUUUCCCAGUCUGUACGAAGAGUAUAAUCCGGACUCAAGAGCGCUGGCAUCGUUGUCCAACGGCUGCUCAAACAGCUACACGGCAUCUUCAAGGUAA